AGGUGCUGUACGUCCAAGAUGGCGGCGCCCUGUAGGCUGGAGGGACUGUGAGGUAAACAGCCGAGGGGGAGGAGACGGUGGUGACCAUGAAAGACAGCAGGUUGACAGCACUGGAAACUGAAGUACCAAUUAUCCCCAGAACAGCCUUGUAGUGGCCCCAAUGAAGAGUCUUCCGAGCCUGUAACACACGUCCUGAAGCCUGUGCAGCACAUUUGUGGAAGAGAAUGGCCCAACAAGCGAACGUCGGGGAGCUCCUCUCCAUGCUGGAAUCUCCCAUGCUGGGUGUGCGAAGUGACGUGACAGCCAUCUUCAAAGAGAACCUCAAUUCUGACCGUGGUCCUAUGCUUAUAAACACCUUGGUGGAUUAUUACCUGGAAACCAAUUCUCAGCCGGUAUUGCAUAUCCUGACCACCUUGCAAGAGCCACACGAUAAGCACCUCUUGGACAAAAUUAAUGAGUACGUGGGCAAAGCUGCCACUCGUUUACCCAUCCUCUCGUUUCUGGGACACGUCAUAAGACUGCAGCCUUCUUGGAAGCACAAGCUCUCACAAGCACCUCUUUUGCCUUCUUUACUAAAAUGUCUCAAGAUGGACACUGACGUCGUCGUUCUCACAACAGGCGUCCUAGUGUUGAUAACCAUGCUACCAAUGAUUCCGCAGUCUGGGAAACAGCACCUUCUUGAUUUCUUUGAUAUUUUUGGCCGUCUUUCAUCAUGGUGCCUGAAGAAACCAGGCCAUGUGACAGAAAUCUAUCUUGUCCAUCUCCACGCCAGUGUUUAUGCUCUCUUUCAUCGCCUUUAUGGAAUGUAUCCUUGCAACUUUGUCUCCUUUCUACGUUCUCACUACAGUAUGAAGGAAAAUUUGGAGACUUUUGAAGAAGUGGUCAAGCCAAUGAUGGAACAUGUGCGAAUUCAUCCGGAACUAGUGACUGGAUCCAAGGACCAUGAACUGGACCCUCGAAGGUGGAAGAGAUUAGAAACUCAUGAUGUUGUAAUAGAGUGUGCCAAAAUCUCUCUGGACCCUACAGAAGCCUCAUAUGAAGAUGGCUAUUCUGUGUCUCACCAAAUCUCAGCCCGCUUUCCUCACCGUUCAGCCGAUGUCACCGCCAGCCCUUAUGUUGACACACAGAAUAGCUAUGGGAGUGCUACUUCUACCCCGUACUCCACUUCUCGGCUGACGUUGUUCAAUACACCAGGGCAGCUACCUCAGACUCUGAGUUCCCCGUCAACACGGCUGUUAACUGAGCCGCCACAAGCUACUCUGUGGAGCCCAUCCGUGGUUUGUGGUAUGACCACUCCUCCAACUUCUCCUGGAAAUGUCCCACCCGAUUUGUCACAACCUUACAGUAAAGUCUUUGGUACAACUGGUGGAAAAGGAACUCCUCUGGGAACCCCAGCAACCUCUCCUCCUCCAGCCCCAAUCUGCCAUUCGGAUGACUACGUGCACAUUUCACUCCCCCAGGCCACAGCCAUGCCCCCCAGGAAGGAAGAAAGAACAGAUUCUACAAGGCCAUGUCUACACAGACAGCACCACCUUCCGAAUGACAGAGGAUUAGAAGAAGUACCUGGCAGCAAAGGUUCUGUCACUCUAAGUGAUCUUCCAGGGUUUUUAGGUGAUCUAGCCUCUGAAGAAGAUAGCAUUGAAAAAGAUAAAGAAGAAGCUGCAAUAUCUAAAGAACUUUCUGAGAUCACUACAGCAGAGGCCAAGCCUGUGGUUCCUCGAGGAGGCUUUGACUCUCCCUUCUACCGAGACAGUCUCCCAGGUUCUCAGCGGAAGGCCCAUUCAGCAGCCUCCAGUGCUCAGGGCGCCAGUGUGAACCCUGAGCCUUUACACUCCUCCCUGGACAAGCUCGGGCCUGACACACCAAAGCAAGCCUUUACUCCCAUAGACCUACCCAGUGGUUGUGCCUACGAAAGCCCUGCAGGGGACAGGGAACGCCAGACUUCUCUGGAGACCGGUAUCUUCACUCCCAGCCCUUGUAAAGUUCCACCACACAGGGGAGUGGGCUUUGGAAGCGGGCAGCCUCCCCCGUACGAUCAUCUUUUUGAGGUGGCAUUGCCAAAGACUGCCCAUCAUUUUGUCAGCGAGAAGACCAAGGAACUGUUAAAGAAAGCGAAAGGCACAGAGGAAGACUACAUGCCCUGCGCCUCCCCCAUGGAAGUACUGGACAGACUGAUACAGCAGGGCGCCGAUGCACACAGCAAGGAGCUCAACAGGUUGUCUUUACCCAGCAAGUCUGUCGACUGGACCCACUUUGGAGGCUCUCCUCCUUCAGACGAGAUCCGCACCCUCCGAGACCAGUUGCUGUUACUGCACAACCAGCUGCUGUAUGAGCGAUUUAAGAGGCAGCAGCAUGCUGUCCGGAACAGACGGCUCCUCCGCAAGGUGAUCAGAGCAGCAGCUCUGGAGGAACACAAUGCUGCCAUGAAAGAUCAGUUGAAGUUACAAGAGAAGGACAUCCAGAUAUGGAAGGUUAGUCUACAAAAAGAACAAGCCAGAUACAGUCAGCUUCAGGAGCAGCGUGACACUGUGGUAACCCAGCUCCACAGCCAGAUCAGACAGCUGCAACAUGACCGAGAAGAGUUCUACAACCAGAGCCAGGAAUUACAGACAAAGCUGGAAGACUGCAGGAGCAUGAUUGCAGAGCUGCGGAUAGAGCUAAAGAAAGCCAACUACAAGGUCUGUCACACCGAACUGCUGCUCAGCCAGGUUUCUCAGAAGCUCUCAAAUAGCGAGUCAGUCCAGCAGCAGAUGGAGUUCUUGAACAGGCAGCUGUUGGUUCUUGGGGAGGUCAACGAGCUGUAUUUGGAACAACUGCAGAACAAGCAUUCUGACACCACAAAGGAAGUGGAAAUGAUGAAAGCUGCAUAUCGGAAAGAACUAGAAAAAAACAGAAGCCAUGUUCUCCAGCAGAAUCAGAGGCUUGAUACCUCCCAAAAACGGAUUUCAGAACUGGAAUCUCUUCUGGCCAAGAAAGACCACCUUCUUUUGGAACAGAAGAAAUAUUUAGAGGACGUCAAACUCCAGGCAAGAGGACAGCUGCAGGCUGCAGAGAGCAGGUAUGAGGCUCAGAAAAGGAUUACACAAGUGUUUGAAUUGGAGAUCUUAGAUUUAUAUGGCAGGUUGGAGAAAGACGGCCUCCUGAAAAAACUUGAAGAAGAAAAGACAGAAGCAGCUGAAGCCGCAGAAGAAAGGCUCGACUGUUGUAAUGACGGCUGCUCAGAUUCCAUGGUAGGGCACAGUGAAGAGGCAUCUGGCCACAAUGGUGAGACCAAGACUCCCAGGCCUGGCAGCACCCGGGGUAGUAGUGGAAGUAGAGGAGGUGGAGGCAGCAGCAGCAGCAGCAGUGAGCUUUCUACCCCAGAGAAGCCCCCAAGCCAAAGGGCAGGCCCAUUCAGCAGUCGGUGGGAAACUACUAUGGGAGAGCCCUCUACCAGCAUCCCUACAACUGUUGGCUCACUUCCCAGUUCAAAGAGCUUCCUGGGCAUGAAGGCCCGAGAGUUAUUUCGUAAUAAGAGUGAGAGCCAGUGUGAUGAGGACGGCAUGACCAUCAGUAGCCUUUCUGAAACCCUAAAGACAGAAGUGGGCAAAGACUCGGGUGUGGAAGCCAAGACUCCCCUGAACCUAGAUGGCCCACAUCCAUCUCCCCCAAACUCCGACAGUGUUGGACAGCUUCGUAUCAUGGACUACAACGAGACACAUCAUGAACACAGCUAAGGAUGGGGGUCAAUCAGUGUUAACUUGUAUAUCGUUGGCAUAGAACAGGAGGUGUGAGUGCACGUUUCAAAGCUUUCCUGUUUCCAGGGUCUGAGUGGCUGUCUCAUCUGAUGGAAAUGGGUUGGAGGUCCUUUUGACAGCUGACUGAAUGCAGAACGGUUUUUGGAUCUGUCAUGGAAAUGCCUCUUAACCUUCCCCUCAACCCACCCCCAAAUCUCUCUUUCACUGACCUAGCAGUGUGUACUAAUUGGAGGGCCAGUUUGUAUUCCUCAGUAGUUUUUUCUCCAAAAUGGUUGCGUCCUUUGAACCUGUGCAAUAUGAGGCCAAACUUAAUCUUUGAGUCUAACACACCACUUUCUGCUUUCCUGAAGCUCAGACAACUGGGUUCACUCUUGGUUAGGCCAGGUAGUUGGUGGCGUUGCAGGUAAGUCUGGUUUUGUCCCUUCUAAGAGGAUGUAGCCUGCAAAGCUGACUGUUUUCACAUGAAAGCUUUUACAUGAGAUUUUCCCACUGCUUUUUGGUUCUGAAGUUCAGCAUCUGAAGCAGCAGAUCUAGAAAAACAAUAGUGUAUUCACCCUUCCGUUCUUUUGGCGGUUCUGAUAAGCUUCCUGGAAAGUUCUGUGUGAACAAAUGCCUGUUGUUUCAAAAAUCUACAGCUGCACUGUAGAGACCAUACUUAUCCUUUGGGAAAGCUCUUGUCCCUCCUUCCCCCCACUACCUCUUAUUUAUUUGGUGUUUGCUUCAAUGCUGGUACUAUUCUGACCACAGGCUGGUGUGUAGGUGGCAAAAUCUGUUCUCUGCAGGAGGCAAGGAGCAGGAGAAGUUAUCCAAGAGACAGCUGAGCCUGAGGGACUGCACCUCCAGGCUGGUCUUGUCUAGCUGAGCCUUUGGUUAAACUCUGUCUUUUGCCUCUCUCUGUGUUCACGUGCGCCCCUUGUUUAUGUCAGCUUCUUCGUGAUGCUGCAGCAGAAAGGCUAUGAAGGUCCAAAGAGUUUCUUCACAGUUUAUAUGACCAUCAUGUCUCAGGCUGUUAGGGCUGCCUCUCUGUGGUAAGUUUUAGGCCACCAAAAAAGGUAGUGGCUUUUCCACAUCAGUUCUACUUUUCAGGGACUGACUCUCUAGGGAGCUUGAUGUUGUCACACCCUCCUGUGUUAGUAACAGCAGAGAAAUUGAAAGCAGAGUCUGGGAGAGUAUUGACAGAGGCUGACUGUGUGUCCCCACUGGGUUGCCUCAGCUGCUCACGAGGGGUGACACCAGUCAGAAUGCUGGCAGUGGCAGAGAAUCCAAACUCAGCAGAUGCUCCUGAAAUAAAUGCUAGAAGCCCAAGAAUUGUUGCCUGGUGAUCCAGAUGAGGCAAGGAGAGACUUGGUAGGAAAGAGCCGGUGAACUUGGUUUUCCUGUUUCUAUUCUUUCAGUAGAAAGAAUAGAAGGGUUCAGCCAUGAAGAGAUAGAAGAAACUAAUGGUACGAAAUCCUACUGCAUCCUGAAGUUUCCAGCACGUAAGGGUGAAAGUGUUUCUUUUUUUGUAAGUGUGGCAAUAAAUACGCUGUCAUCUCUAACUAAAGGGAACUAGACAGAGACCCCAUAUCCCCAUGGCUAUACUGGCAGAAGACCUGGUCGGUACAGGAUUUCUGGGUGUGACUGAUUCCCAGCCCACAGAGGGAAUGUCUCCAAAUGCUGUUAGCCUAGCAUGGGGUGGCAGUUGCUGCUGGAUGUCCAAUGUGGAGUGUUAGUGACACCCCAUGUUUAAUUCAGCUUUGUCCAAAGGAAAGCUUGAAAUCCAAUACAUCCUAGUUACCUAGUUUAGUUUUAAAGAGGAAAGCAUGAACAGAUUCAGAAAGGGAAAAAAAAGUGUUGUAGGUUAACUAUGAAAACCAGUUUUAAGUUCUUUCCCCCUUCCCAAGCAUAAGAGAUCUGUGCUGCAGAACAAAGAUACCAGGCAAUUAAAUCAAAGCCUUUUCCUUAAUUGGCAAAGGACAGGAGGCCAAUGUAAGAAAGAAAAAAACAUUUUAAAAAUGGACAGAUUGUAAAAACGUAGGAAGAGAAGAGGCAGCCUGGUAGGGUGGAUGAAGGCUGAGACUGGAGGCUCUGUGGACAGUCUUUGUGCGUGGGGCCCUCGGUACAUCCCUCCAGCCUGGAUGUCCCUUGCUGAGCUUCACAACCAAGGUGGACCAGGUGAGCUCCAGCUCAGGUUCUUUUGAGUUCUAGGAGGCCAUGGGUUUUAUUCAACUAAGGUUGGAGGAUUGAAAAUUUAGGCUUUAAUGUUGCAGAGGACUCCAGAGUCAAUACUAAGGUUUUUUGUUUUAUUUUGUUUUGAAAGUAAUAAACCUGCCAAGAGUGGAAAGGUGAUAGAAGAACAACUCCCAAGACGCAAUUCAGGCCCCAGCAAAGAUAGUAGAACAAUUAGUGUUGCGAGCAGAGCCCACCUUGAAACUGAUGAAGCAGCUUGGUAUUCAGAAAUUUUGGGAUUGGAUAGCACCAUCCAGAAAUCACUGUGAGCAAGUGUGCCUGUAUGGCUGGUGUGCAUAACCUAUUCCAGUUCCCACCUGACACUAACCAGGGUCAGCACAGGCCCUGAGAAGACUGGCAUCUGCUUCUUGUGCAGCAUGGGAUUCGUUCAAGAAGGAGCACUACAAUAUUCUUUGGGGGGUGGGAGGGGGUGGGGAUAGGAAGAUACAGAGAAAAUGAGUUCCUGGAUCUACUACAGGUAAAUAAGCACACAGAUCUCUAUCUGAUAGAACUUUUAUGGAUUUUUAAAAAGCUUUUGACAAGGCUCUGCCAUAAAGUGUAUAAAAAUUGUUACUAUGGGGUUGAAAGAAAUACACGGUCAUAAUAUAAGAAAACUGACUAAAAUCCAAAGGUAAGAGGGCAAGGUCAUUUCUUGGAUUGGGAGGUUUUAAAAAGAUGUCCUUGGAGAUAAGUGCUAGGACCAGAUUUACUAAGGCAGGUGGGCAGACAGUGACCUCUCUACGUUUGCCAACAGUUUUUCAGGAGAGAAAACUGUCUAAUUUGGGGGAAUAAGCUGUAGAAGGUUCUUAUUAAGCUCUGAGUGGAGAGAUGAUAGAUGAACUAAUUUGUAAGCCAAAAUUUAUGUGAUUGGGGGAAAUGGUCCAAACUAUUCUUAGAAGGUAAACUGUAAGAAACCCAUGAAAAGGUCCUGGAAGCCACAGACAGAAAAGUCAGCCCACCAUGCCACCGUGCCAGAGGCCAGCACAUUACUGGGCAAAACAGGACAACAGGAAACAAAACCCUGGACUCAGAGCCAUCCCCAUGUGAAGCAGCACAUAUAGUUUCCAGUGUUUGUGUAGAAAGAUAAAACUCCAGCAGCUGUGCAAAGGAGGGUACAUCAGAAGGUGUGGGGAUGUGAGCUGGACCACAGAGGCUCAGACUUGCAAUCAAGAAUAGAAAAUGGGGUUCACGUUUCUGGGCACACAACAGAACCAAAGUGUGCUGUGACUAGCCAGUGGGAAUUUCUACCAAAUGCUAGAACAUACCACUUGAAGCCAGAAAGAACGAACUGAACAGCAUACACAAGUACUGCGUGACGAUGCUCGGUUUUUCUCCCUGAAGCACAAAGAGACAGGAGGAAGUGCAAACAGGCUGGAGGAGGGUUUGGGCAGUGCCGAGGCUCCACCUGGAAGUGCGGUGGAGAGGAGUGCUGCCCACCCUUGUGGACACUUUUGGAGAGUGGUCCCCGAGAAGCCCAGGCCCACCCAGGAGAGUCGGCCUCACUUGGGAAGGAAGUUGCCUUGUGUGCAUUGACCCUCAUCAGCACCCCUUACCUGCUGUGUUUUCACUCUCCAAGGUACGUGCUUUAAAAGUGACUUGCAGUGAGUAUUGGAAAUGUAUCCAGUCUGAAGAUGUCUGUGUAUCUGUUUACAUCCAGAGUUCUGUGACACCUGCCUCUGGUCCCCCAAUCCCCCCUCCGCAGGUCACUGCAAAGUAAUCGAUUGCACUUGACUAAGCAUUUUGUCUGUAACAGAACAAGUUUAGGUUGGGGACUGGCCCCUUAGCUGCUGCUGUGACCUUUGUCCCCUUGUGGCUUGUUUCCCCAUCUGUGACUCUUCAUUGUGCCCAGGGGAGUGGCAUUUCCGUCUUUUCCAUGCCUUCCUGCAGCAUGUGUGCUCACCCAAGAGAAGAGUGGCUGUAGCUACAAGGGGACCUGCCCGGGAUAGUUGAGCACCUGCACCCACAAUUGGCUUUUAGCCUUGAAACGAGUUCAUGAAGGCGAGGAGCUUUCUCCACCCCACCCCCCACCCAAUGCCACAAAAUUAGCCAUCCUAUGUGAUAAGUAGGCUGGUUUAACCAUUGGAAUAAUCUUCUAAAGGAGACGUUGAGAGUUUGAGAACCCCCAGACCAAACCCUCCCUCCCUUUUUCCACCUUGAUACAGUGUUUGGACAAGAGGGUAUGGUGCUGCUCUACGUAGCAAAUACUUCAGCUUAUCAAAGAGGCAGCCAUGCAUUUUACACUAGGAAGAAUCAGUGAUCACUUUUCAGAAGACUUCUAUGGACCACAAAUAUAUUAUGGAGGAACAGAUUUUGCUAAGACAUAAUCUAGUUUUAUAAUUCAAUCAUGGUGAACCAUAUGUGGCUAACUUGCAGUUUAAAGGGGUCCCAUCAGUGAAAGAAACAUUUUUUUGACUGCUUUUAGUUAAAUCAAGUCAUCUCUUGUCAAAAGGUUUAAACUUUCCUACCCCAUCUUAAAAGCAUGUCAAACCAUCCACAUCAGAGGCCAUAAAUAUGAACUGCAAGAGAAAAUGGUACAAUCUUAGUGAAUGAGAAUUGGCAUCAAAAGGGUUUGCUGUCCUUCUUAGAAUGUUCUAAAAUGUCAAGGCAGUUGCUUGUGUUUAACUGUGAACAAAUAAAAAUUUAUUGUUUUGCACUA